AUGUCAACCCCAAGAAGAAGUGAAAGAAAUACUCCAGUUAGAAGUCCACUUGAGGAAAUUGCCUCGCAAUCUUCUCCUGAGGAACUACAAAACACUCCUACUUUUAGGUUUGGUUUCCCUAACCCAUUCACCUCUCUAGGACAUGCUAUAAGUCGAACAUUUGGCUCCAACGAGCAAGCUCCAAUGAAUCUAGACGAUGUCUCGGAAGGGAAUCGGUCACCACUCUCUAAUACUACAGUUUCUUCGAAACCUCGUCUUACGACUCCACGCGGUGAACGACGCGUGCCUAAAGAUAUAGAACUUCCAGGCACGCCGUCGCGUCCAAGAGGUGACGUUCACCCUUUUACUCCUAGACCGCGUCAAAGACCUCUUUUUAAAAGUCCUGUAAAUGUUCGUCCGAGAGAUUUGAUUCGAGAACGUGAUGAUAUCGAUAUGGAAAAUACGGAAUCACCAAAGUUGGAGCAUAAUAUUUGGGGUACUAUGAUUGAUUUGGUUGAGUGUAAAGAAGUGUUCAACGAGUUUCUUAGAAACUUUAAGAAGGAGGACAGAAAAAUUAGAGAUGGAUUAUCUGUAUUAGAUCGAGAUAGAGAAGUAUUUUAUGAGAGAUAUUUGAAGAAGAUUUACGAAAAUGAAGAAGUCAGAGUGAACCUUGAUGUGCAAAAUCUACUUGCAUAUCCGAAAACUGUAAAACUGUACCAUCAAUUAUUAAAGUAUCCUCAUGAAAUAAUUCCUUUGAUGGAUAGCACAAUACUGGAAUAUUAUAAAGAGCUCCAUGGACAUAAUACGGCCACUCAGGAAUUAAGGAUAAGACCUUUCAAUUUGUGUAAUUCGGUCAAUAUGCGUGAUUUGAAUCCUUCUGAUAUCGAUCAGCUCGUAUCAAUCAAAGGACUGCUAAUAAGAGCAUCGCCACUCAUUCCGGACAUGAAAAUUGGAUUCUUUCGUUGCUCUGUUUGUGGGAAUCCAUUGGAACGCAUGGUCGAGCGUGGUAAAAUAGAUGAACCAGAUCGAUGCCCCCGACCGCAAUGUAAUUCAAAAAACACGAUGGAUCUCAUUCACAAUCGAUGCACAUUUAGCGAUAGACAAGUUUGUCGUUUACAAGAAACUCCGGAUUCCAUUCCCGAUGGUCAAACACCUCACUCUGUCACAUUAUAUUUAUUUGAUGACUUGGUGGAUGUUGCACGUCCCGGUGACAGGCUUGAAAUUACGGGUGUCUUUCGGUCUGUUCCAAUUCGCGUACACUCACGACAACGCACCAUGAAAUCUCUAUUCAAAACAUUCAUCGACGUUUUACACGUGCGUAAAACGGAUAAUAAGCGUUUGGCAGUUGAUAGUAUUGUCAAUGAAACCAACGAAAAAGAAAAUAGCAAAGGGAAAAAUAAAGAGGAUGACGAAACUUUUUAUGCUUCGAACAAAUUACCAAAAUAUGACGAAUUAGAUGAAAUUCCUGAUCAUUCUGAAGGUGAAAGGAUUGAGCGGUAUAUUGGGAUAUCACAAUUGCCAAACUUAUACGAGAUAUUGGCUAAUUCAUUAGCACCAAGUAUUUACGAAUUAGAUGAUGUAAAGAAAGGAAUCCUUUUGCAACUGUUUGGAGGUACAAAUAAAAAAUUCAAAACAGCUGGGAAUCCACGAUAUCGAGGUGAUAUCAAUGUAUUGUUAGUUGGUGAUCCAGGAACUAGUAAAUCACAACUAUUGCAGUAUAUACAUAAAAUCGCUCCUCGUGGAGUAUACACUUCUGGUAAAGGCUCUUCGGCCGUUGGGUUGACUGCAUAUGUUACUCGUGAUCCAGAUACAAGGCAAAUAGUAUUGGAAAGUGGGGCUUUAGUGCUAAGUGAUGGUGGUAUUUGUUGUAUUGAUGAAUUUGAUAAAAUGUCUGAUGGAACCCGAUCAGUUCUUCAUGAAGUGAUGGAACAACAAACUGUUUCAGUUGCAAAAGCAGGAAUUAUCACUACUCUCAAUGCCAGAACAUCUAUUCUUGCAUCUGCAAAUCCUGUAAAUUCAAAAUAUGAUCCCAAGCUGUCCAUCAUUGAAAACAUCCAGUUGCCACCGACAUUAAUGUCAAGAUUUGAUCUUAUCUAUCUAAUAUUAGAUAAAGAAAAUGAAAUGGUUGAUAGACGCCUCGCGCAGCAUAUUGUAUCUUUUUAUUUAGAAGAUAUACCUAACGUUGCUGGACCUAAUAUCUUGCCUGUUGAAGAUUUGACUGGUUACAUUAGUUAUGUGCGCCAACAUUGUGACCCAACUCUUACCAGUGAAGCUUCCAGUGCCUUAACAGAAGCCUAUGUUGAAAUGAGAAAAAUGGGGCAAGAUCCAAGAUCCAGCGAAAAAAUUGUAACUGCUACGACUCGGCAGCUUGAAUCUAUGAUUAGACUGUCAGAAGCUCACGCUCGUAUGAGAUUAUCAUACACCGUGGAAAUCGAUGACGUCAAGGAGGCUGUGCGUCUUCUCAAAGAAGCUAUUAAACAGUAUGCGGUUGACCCUAGCACCGGUAGAAUCGAUAUGGACAUGAUAAACACAGGAAGGGCAAUGCAUAAACGACAUUUACUGGAAGAUUUACGAAAAGAAAUAUGGCGAUUAAUAUUAAACUACGAUUCACCAAGUAUAAGAUGGAGGAAAUUACUUCUAGAUGAUGUUUCUGAUAAAGACUAUGAAGAGGUGAUUAAUAAUUUAGAACAUGACGGAGAGAUUCGCGUCACUGGCACCGGGCAGGACCGCAUCAUUAAAAAGUUGUCGAGUGACGACCAACCAAUGAUAUAA